AUGGCGGGAAGCACAGGAACCUCUAGGGCUUUCGAACGCGCACUGCUGAGUUUCAGAAACAAACUGCUACACGAAGAAAUUCAGGCCUUUACCGGCACAACAUUAGAAGACAUUCGCAAACAAGCCAGCGCAAUACAGGAUUUGCAAGAAAAGAAGGGGAUGUUGCGAAAUAUGCGAAGAAUUCAACCGUUGAUUAAUGGCCUUACGCAAUUUUCGGGUGUCAUUGAAGUAUUUGUACAAUCUAAGCCUGAAGUUCUGGCAUUCAUAUGGGGCCCGAUAAAAUUCCUUCUUCAAGUUGUAAGCUCGUAUACGGAGGCUUUUGAUAAGCUUCUGGACGCUUUCCAAACACUAGGAGAAAACCUUUCUAGAUUCCAAGUAUACGAAAAGACGUUUCUCGAUGUUCCUCGAAUGCAAGAUGUCAUUGUAAUGAUAUACGAGGAUAUCCUAAGAUUCUACCAAGCUACAUUGAAUUUCUUUCGAGAAAAAUGCUGGCGAAGGCUGUUUAGAUCCCUGUGGAAUACUUUUAAUGAUAAGUUUGGAAACAUACUUUCCGACCUUGAUCGGCAUAAAGAACUGGUCGACAGGGAAGCCUCAACAACUCACAUAGCCGAAGCACGUGCUGCCCGCCAAGCAGCGCAGAAAGCGGAAGAAACAACAAGAGCCUAUAGAGAGAAACAAAACCUUCUACAAAUUAAGAUUUGGUUGGGCCCCGUAGACUACGACGCCUUUCUCGCAAAGUUAAGAAGUCCCUAUAGCACAAUUACCGGGCUUUGGUUCGUUCAGGAGAAUGGUGUACAGGAAUGGUUAGAUAAGACAGACAAUUCAAAGAGAUUAUUAUGGUUAACUGGUAUUCCUGGAGCCGACAUUCUUAUCAGCUUCGUUCUUAAGACAUACGCAAUCGAUUUACGAGGGUAA